AUGGAUAAAAGACAAAAGUUUUAAAUUCUAUAUUUCAUCGCUACAAUUUCGGUCUUAAUUGGUCUCGUUGAUGCAAACGCAGAGGGAGUAAGUUAUGAUGAAAUGGGUGCUGAUUGGCAUGAAGCUUGUGCAAGUGGUUCUAAUUAAUCUCCUAUUGACAUUCCCUUAAGCAUGAAAAGUUCUUCGGCAAAUGCCAACAGACUAAAGAAAAACGAUAAACUAGAUUUAAUAGUUUCUUAAGGCAUAAUGAAUAAUGUGAUAAUGAAAGACCUUGGAACAACCUAUCAAGUUCCCUUUAUAGAUGGCGCUUUGGCCUUUUGGGAUGAAAAUGAUGAACUUGAAACUUAUUAAAUAUUACAAUUCCAUGUGCAUGCCCCAUCUGAACACACUUUCGAUGGGAAAUUUUAUGAUCUUGAAAUACAUUUUGUUCAUAAACACUUCACAGAAGGAGGACUUGCUGUCAUAUCAGUAUAAUUCGAUGUUGAAGAUGGAGGGAACUAAGAUAACGAUUUUAUUACAGCUCUUAGAUUAAAUUAAAAGAACUUAACCGGAUUAAACAUCCCUGCAAUGAAACUCUUUGAAUAAUUGGACAAAUCAAAACUUUAUCAUUAUUAAGGUUCUCUUACAACCCCUCCUUGUAGCGAAAUCGUAACAUGGAUAGUAGUUCAUGACCCUCAACCUAUCUCAUCAGCUCAACUUAAAUAUUUAGACGAUAAAUGGAAAAAGAACUACACUUUUGCACAUGGGCAUGGCAACAACAGACUGGUACAACCUUUAAAUGAGAGAUAUGUAUAUAUGCGUGUAGAUCCCUCUCAAAUGGAUUCAUCACAAAUGCUUUGGAAUUCUUUCCUAUUAAUAACUCUAUUUUCAGCUAUAUUAAUAUUAUUUUGA